AUGGCUGCCAACCGACGACGGCUGGCGUUGCUAGGGCUGUGCAUUUUUGCCCUGCACAUCCUCGAGACGCAAGGCGGCAAUCCUACAGACAGUGCCAGUGUGAGCGCGCGGAACGCCAACAACAACAGCAGCAGCAACAACAACACCAGUAGCAACAGCGGCACCAGUGGCGGCAACACUAAUACAAUAGCUUGCCAAGAGGACGAACUUCUUCAGUGUCCAGUGUACGCAUCUUGCGAUAAGGGACGGUGCGUUUGCAUGUUCCGGUACCGGCUGAAUCCGGCCCACCACGGGAAGAAUGCGACGCUCGGUGGUUCCUCCUUAGCCACAGCCACCAGCGGUGCCUCUACGUCGUCGUCGGUGCCCUACUGUUUGCCCGACGAAAGCAACACCACGGGAGGAGACAAUGCUGCCAACGCUCAGAAUGAACCCGCUUCGUCGCAGGGUGGCCACGCGGGACAGCUACCGUUGCGGGAACCGCCCGGUGCCCACCACAUCCUGGGCGGCGUGCUGAUCCCGCUGGCGUUCGUGGUGAUAAUGAUUGGCAGCGCCCUGCUGGCCAAGCGUGCCCAGCUCUGGUCGCGGCUACGGCAACGGUUCCAGCUGCACCGCAACCGCCACCGGCGCCGGCCAGCGUACGAAGACGUGGUGUUAGUAGGCUUUGAGCCGCAGACGGGCAGACUUUGAGAAAGCCAAAGAGAGAGAUAAGCUUAGCAGCGCGCGUGUGUCUGGCCAUUGUAGAAGAAUCGCGCCGUGGUGGUAUCGGCGAAAAAGAGGUUGCUGUGUAAAUCGCUCUGAAUGUUUAUGGAAACGGGAAAGGAAAACAGAAAAAAAUGAAAAGUUCAUCUUACUUUAACCCUGUUCUACCGAUAGUUUUAGUUUCCCGAGGCGCGAUCUCAGCGGCGAAAACAAGGGCGAGAAACAAGAGAUUGUAGUUUUACUACGGCGCUGGCCAGCAUCAAUCCUUGCCGAAAGCAUCAUCAUCCAGCCAAGAUCAAACAGCAAUACCUAGGGGCUACCAGGAGUGGUGUGUAGCGCAACUGAUCAAAAACUUACGAUAUUCACCUUUUAGGGCAUUUGCAAGGUAACUACCGAAGGCAAGGCAAAGAACGUGUGUUGAACGCACUCCGCUCACGAAUUACUAUCGGAACAAAACAUCCCAAGUAGGCUGAUCGGUCAGAGUUUCAAGAUCGCGCCCGGCGCGCUCCUCGUCGUCGAAACACGAGAAAUAAUACAAUAAUUUUGAAGAUAUACGAACUUGCAGCUGAAGGAUUUAGAGCAAAAGGCUGCUUCCAGGUCAGGUUCCUUUAUACGAUACGCGGUAUAACACACGCACACGCACACACAUACAGUGGAGAUACAGGAGAGUAGUAGCAAGGAGAAGCAAGUGGAGCCGCGAAUAUAUCACACAGUACGUAAAAACUAGCAAGAGGGACACAUUAAGAAGCGCGCAUAUCAUCACGAUAGGAGGAGAAAGGAGUCGGCACGCGUUGCGUGUAUGUGUAAAAAAGUCAUCGAAUCAUCAAUACGAUUAACUAACUGAUCACAGGCAGCAUUUCACAGCUGAGGCUGAGGCAUUUUCACUUUGCGUCAAAGUCGCGUUCGACCUGAUCGCGCCGUUAAUGGUGAGGACACCACACACAAGGUCCCCAGCUUUGCGUCUUUUCCAUUCCCCCGUGCCGUUUGGUGGUACCGUGUUCUGCUCCAUUUUUUCUACGUUUUCUUUUCCCCGUUUUUCUUCUGAAUUCUACUUUCAGUGUGUGUGUGUGUAGAAUGCGCCAUAAUUUUCGUCAUACCAAAAAUAUGUAUUCUGUGAUAAAUUUCAAUAAAUGUCUAUAUUUUUAAG